GAAAUCCGCUAAGUACGCAAAGGAAAUACAUAGAACGGUGGCUGCUCUCUACUGCUCUUAUCAAGGGAGGGGCUUUGGGUGAAAUGAACCGUGUUUUCGAAAAUGUGCUGCGUGACACCCCUAUCACGGUGGUGAUUUGCGGCCUGAUGGCAAUUCUUGGGUUUUUGUCGUCUUUGGAGGUCAUUCAUCCAAUUUAUAUAAUUUUGAGUCCCUCACUCGUGCUGAAGGAACACCAGUACUGGCGUCUAUUUACCAAUUUCUUUUUUGUUGGCCCAAUUAGCGCACACUGCGUGAUGGAGAUUCAGUGGAUUUAUUUAGUCAGCUCACACCUGGAGGCACAGUACUUCCAUAGAAAGCCUCUGGACUAUCUCUUUCUGCUCCUCGUCACGUUCUCCAUUCUUCUAGGACUACGAUUUACCUCUGUUGUUGACGUGCCGUUCCUAAGUUACAUGCUAGGCACCGUACUGACAUACGUGAUGAGUCGCUUAUUUCAGGACAUGCAGGUGGCUAUUUUCUUUGUGCUACCCAUUUCAAUGCGUCUUCUCCCAUUCGUGUUCAUGUUCCUCAAUACCAUGGUUUCAGGUAUGACAAAUGAAGUGAUUGGGAAUGUUAUCGGGCACGUGUUGUGGUAUCUGCUUGAGGUGUUCCCACGUAUUACUGGUUAUCAUCCCCUCAGUGUCCAGAGGUUGUAUGACAGAGUGUUUGCUGCACCGGUGCUCCAAGGGCGGUAG